ACACCUGAGCGCACCUGACAGAGGGAGAGAGUGUUUGUGUUGAGGUGUGUUACUACCACUUGGAUGCAGAGGAUCAACAUGGCUGCCCACAGCAGCAGGGGGACUACCAGACUCCUCAGGACCCUCCUGAGCCGCUGCAACACCCCGGGACCGGGACCACACAGGUGCCUAUCCUCCCUGCCUGCACCGGGCACCUGGAGCUCCCGGCUGUCCCGGCUGUCCCACCCGGAUCUGUACCGGCUCUCGGUCGCGGAUCCGGAUCAGUUCUGGGGAUCCGCCGCCGCUGACAGACUCCGCUGGGUGAAACCGUUCCACCGGGUCCGGGACUGCGAGCUCAGCAGCGGGAGGAUCAGCUGGUUCCUGGGAGGAAAGCUCAACGUGUCCGUGAACUGUCUGGAUGUCCAUGUGGAGAAACAUCCGGACCGAGUGGCUCUGAUCUGGGAACGAGAUGAACCUGGAACUGAGGUGAAGGUCACCUACAGAGAGCUUCUGGAGACCACCUGCCGCCUUGCCAACACACUCAAGAGCCAUGGGAUCCAAAAGGGGGACAGGGUGGCCAUUUACAUGCCGGUGUCCCCGCUGGCGGUGGGGGCCAUGUUGGCGUGUGCCCGUAUCGGUGCAGUGCACACUGUGGUGUUCGCUGGCUUCAGCUCAGAGGCUCUGGCAGGGAGGAUCCAGGAUGCAUCAUGA